UUGUUUGACAUAAAUAAAAUAAAUCGAAGUAUAUUCAUUUCUGAAAUAUACAUAUUCCACAGAAAAACCUUUAAAAAUAAAGGAAAUAGGGCUAAAAAUAGCCGAAAUAACAAAAAUAUCAGUAUAAUUUACAAUGUUGUUGUAUAAGUACUGAAGAAUUUUUUGAUUAAUCGAUGUAUUUGUUUGAAAUAUUCAAUAACUGGAGUUCCCUUGUCUCCUGUAAAUAAUGAAUACUUCAGUAGUUCCUGAGACUGAGGUGGAGGAGGUUGUGAUAAAAUGUGAAGUGAUUGAGAUAUCUGAUGAUGAGACGGACGACGGAGACAAGAAGAAGAAGCGACAAAGAAAGCGCUCAGUACCAAAAGAAAGAUCGAAAUGCGAGCAUUGCCCAAAGACAUUUGCCACUCGGUACGAAUUAAAAAAGCACGUCCGAACCCACACAGGUGAACGCCCAUAUAUGUGCCCCAUUUGUGGAAAGACAUACACACAACUAGGACAUCUAAGUAUACACCAAUUAUCCCAUGAAGGUAUAAAAAACUUUAAUUGUAACGACUGUGGCGCUUCGUUCUAUAGAAAAGCGGAUUUAGACCGCCAUGAGAAGAUUCAUUUAGGUAUUAAACCGCAUGUUUGUGAGAUAUGUUCAAAAAGCUUUACUCAAAAGAAUAAUUUGGUUAUGCAUGUUAAAAUGCAUAUAGGGGAUCGCGCCCAUCUGUGUACGGUUUGUAAUAAGCGUUUUAUGACCCGAAGUAAAUUGGUUUUACAUUCGAAAAGACAUGAGAAGACUAAAAAGAUAAGGAGUGAUAUGGAUUUAAUUGAGAAUGAAAUUGAUUGAGGGGGAGAGUGGUAAUUUAAUAUAUGUUUAGGUAUAAUUAUGCGAAAUUCAUUAUAGUUGUUAUGUUUUUUUGCUUAUUCACGUAACUGUUUGAUGAAGAACUCGAUGAGUUUUUACCCGACUGCGCCAGAAAGAGGGUUAUGUUUUCUCGAGAGUAUGUACCUAUUACGUAUGUAUAAUUGUUUGGCACGCUCUGCAGCCUAAACGGCUUGAUGGAUUUUGGCUUGAGAGGUGUCGUUGGAUUCGUGUUUACUGUGAGAGUGACCUAGUGUCACUGGCAUUAUAACAGCCGCGCUGGAUGUCCGUAACAUUCCUAGACAAUCUACAACAUUACAGCUCUUCUGUGAUUAGUCAAACAGUUACGUGAGUAAGCUGAAUAACGUAAUAAUUUAAAUAUAAUAGAGUAAAAACUACUUAAAAAACGUUUUCUUGAGAGGAAAACUAGGUAUAUGUAAGUACAUUGUUAGUGUAGUAAUAUGGAUGAUGACUAUCUAACGAAAAAUCUAUUUAGUCCGUCAGUUAGGUAAUGAAAAAAUAUUAGACACGUAUCUUUUUAUUUUGUCAUAAGAUAACAAUACUUAGAUUAAACGAAUCAAUUUCUACGUAUAAAACGUACCUAGAUUGUAUUUGUUUCUUUAUUGUUGUUUUUAUAUUUUUUUUAAAACCCUUGCCACUCUUUAGCAUUUUCUCCUGUGUCGUGGGUGCGUUUACAAACAUACAAGUUCACAUACACAUGACACACAGACCAGAAAGAGUUGCUCCGUGCGGGAAUCGAACCCGCUACACAUUGCAUGGCAGCCAGUUGCCCAGCCACCGGGCCAACCGUGCAGUCGACCGAGUCGAAAUAAAAAAUACGUGUCUAAUAUUUUAAAUCUACAAGACGGACAUUGAAAUAAUAAUAAGUCAUCCACCCUAUUAUUUAUGUAUGUGGUUUAAAGUACAUAGUAUUUGUACUAUAAUUUUAUUACUAAGAAAAUAAAUAUCUUUUGUUAUAAAGUAAACCAAGUUGUUGGUAAUGAGGUUGUUUUAGAUAUGUAUUAUAAUUAAUAUUAGGUAAAUAUUAAUUAUAAAUAAAUAUGUAAGGUGUUCUAAAAGUAUCUGCCACGGCUUUAAUGGGAGGUAGUGUUGUGUUUGAAGAUUACAAUAGUGAAGAAAUUUCGUACCCCGGACCAGUUAAUUCAAUUUGAGGACAUAAAGAAGUUAAAUAAACAUUGACUCUACUCUGUAUAAAG